CGGCGCAGCAGGGAUGAACUUCUGCACGCUUGGGAGUUCUGGCGUGCGCAGUGGAAAGGGGGGGCGAGGGCUGGGGGAGGAGAUCGGAAGGGGAAAGGUAAUCCCCGGCUUUUUCAGCAUCCUCUUUUUAGAAGGACUGAGUCUCUCCCAGGACAGCUGCUGCGGUCACACCACAAACUUAAAAGCCGCCCUCCUGUUUGGAGCGUGCCUUUCCUCGCCACCCUCUCCUCCCCAAAGCUCCAGCUAGUGCCUUGCUCUCCGCCUGUCCCAGCGCGGCGCUCGGGGGAGGCAGCAGCGCCCCCUGCCUCCCGGCCUGGCCCCUGCGACCGCAGCUUCCCGGCUCUGCCAGGGCUGCCGGCGGCUCCGCUGCUCAGCCAGGGCUGCGGCUCAGAGGAACGCGCGCCGGUGCCCCGGGUUGCCGCGCCGCUGGACCUCAGCCUGCAUCCCGUUCCCCUCUCCCUGAAAAGGCACCAGGAGAAGAGAGAGGGAGAGAAGAGUUCACAGCAGGUCUUUACACUUGGACUAGAACUAUAACAUCUGCCAUCCUGGUUGCCAGGCUUUUGAACAUACACUGUUGGUUCUCCUGGAUCUUCACCUUGCCAACUGCAGAUCUUGUGACUCGUCAGGCUCAAUAAUUAUAUUAAAUUAACACCGUUUGAAAGAGAACAUUGUUUUCAUCAUGAAUGCUAAUAAAGAUGAGAGACUUAAGGCCGGAAGCCAAGAUUUUCACCUUUUUCCUGCUUUGAUGAUGCUAAGCAUGACCAUGUUGUUUCUUCCAGUCACUGGCACUUUGAAGCAAAAUAUUCCAAGACUCAAGCUAACCUACAAAGACUUGCUGCUUUCAAAUAGCUGUAUUCCCUUUUUGGGUUCAUCAGAAGGACUGGAUUUUCAAACUCUUCUCUUAGAUGAGGAAAGAGGCAGGCUGCUCUUGGGAGCCAAAGACCACAUCUUUCUACUCAGUCUGGUUGACUUAAACAAAAAUUUUAAGAAGAUUUAUUGGCCUGCUGCAAAGGAACGGGUGGAAUUAUGUAAAUUAGCUGGGAAAGAUGCCAAUACAGAAUGUGCAAAUUUCAUCAGAGUACUUCAGCCCUAUAACAAAACUCACAUAUAUGUGUGUGGAACUGGAGCAUUUCAUCCAAUAUGUGGGUACAUUGAUCUUGGAGUCUACAAGGAGGAUAUUAUAUUCAAACUAGACACACAUAAUUUGGAGUCUGGCAGACUGAAAUGCCCUUUCGAUCCUCAGCAGCCUUUUGCUUCAGUAAUGACAGAUGAGUACCUCUACUCUGGAACAGCUUCUGAUUUCCUUGGCAAAGAUACUGCAUUCACCCGAUCCCUUGGGCCUACUCAUGACCACCACUACAUCAGAACUGACAUUUCAGAGCACUACUGGCUCAAUGGAGCAAAAUUUAUUGGAACUUUCUCCAUACCAGACACCUACAAUCCAGAUGAUGAUAAAAUAUAUUUCUUCUUUCGUGAAUCAUCUCAAGAAGGCAGUACCUCCGAUAAAACCAUCCUUUCUCGAGUUGGAAGAGUUUGUAAGAAUGAUGUAGGAGGACAACGCAGCCUGAUAAACAAGUGGACGACUUUUCUUAAGGCCAGAUUGAUUUGCUCAAUUCCUGGAAGUGAUGGGGCAGAUACUUACUUUGAUGAGCUUCAAGAUAUUUAUUUACUCCCCACAAGAGAUGAAAGAAAUCCUGUAGUAUACGGAGUCUUUACUACAACCAGCUCCAUCUUCAAAGGCUCUGCUGUUUGUGUGUAUAGCAUGGCUGACAUCAGAGCAGUUUUUAACGGUCCAUAUGCUCACAAGGAAAGUGCAGACCAUCGUUGGGUGCAGUAUGAUGGGAGAAUUCCUUAUCCACGGCCUGGUACAUGUCCAAGCAAAACCUAUGACCCACUGAUUAAAUCCACCCGAGAUUUUCCAGAUGAUGUCAUCAGUUUCAUAAAGCGGCACUCUGUGAUGUAUAAGUCCGUAUACCCAGUUGCAGGAGGACCAACAUUCAAGAGAAUCAAUGUGGAUUACAGACUGACACAGAUAGUGGUGGAUCAUGUCGUUGCAGAAGAUGGCCAGUACGAUGUAAUGUUUCUUGGAACAGACAUUGGAACUGUCCUCAAAGUUGUCAGCAUUUCAAAGGAAAAGUGGAAUAUGGAAGAGGUAGUACUGGAGGAGUUGCAGAUAUUCAAGCACUCAUCGAUAAUCUUGAACAUGGAAUUGUCUCUGAAGCAGCAACAGUUGUACAUUGGUUCCCGAGAUGGAUUGGUUCAGCUCUCCUUGCACAGAUGCGACACUUAUGGGAAAGCUUGCGCAGACUGUUGUCUUGCCAGAGACCCCUACUGUGCCUGGGAUGGAAAUGCAUGCUCUCGAUAUGCUCCUACUUCUAAAAGGAGAGCUAGACGCCAAGAUGUAAAAUAUGGCGACCCAAUCACCCAGUGCUGGGACAUCGAAGACAGCAUUAGUCAUGAAACUGCUGAUGAAAAGGUGAUUUUUGGCAUUGAAUUUAACUCAACCUUUCUGGAAUGUAUACCUAAAUCCCAACAAGCAAGUAUUAAAUGGUAUAUCCAGAGGUCAGGGGAUGAGCAUCGAGAGGAGUUGAAGCCCGAUGAAAGAAUCAUCAAAACGGAAUAUGGGCUACUGAUUCGAAGUUUGCAGAAGAAGGAUUCUGGGAUGUAUUACUGCAAAGCACAGGAGCACACUUUCAUCCACACCAUAGUGAAGCUGACUUUGAAUGUCAUUGAGAAUGAACAGAUGGAAAAUACCCAGAGGGCAGAGCAUGAGGAAGGGCAGGUCAAGGAUCUAUUGGCUGAGUCACGGUUGAGAUACAAAGACUACAUCCAAAUCCUUAGCAGCCCAAACUUCAGCCUCGACCAGUACUGCGAACAGAUGUGGCACAGGGAGAAGCGGAGACAGAGAAACAAGGGGGGCCCAAAGUGGAAGCACAUGCAGGAAAUGAAGAAGAAACGAAAUCGAAGACAUCACAGAGACCUGGAUGAGCUCCCUAGAGCUGUGGCCACGUAGUUUUCUACUUAAUUUAAAGAAAAGAAUUAUUUACCUAUAAAAUAUUGCCUUCUGUUUUGUAUAUCCCUUAUAAUAAUUCAUAAAUGCUUCCCAUGGAGUUUUGCUAAGACACAAGACAAUAAUCUGAAUAAGACAAUAUGUGAUGAAUAUAAGAAAGGACAAAAAAUUCAUUUGAACCAGUUUUCCAAGAACAAAUCUUGCACCAGCAAAGUAUAAGAAUUAUCCUAAAAAUAGGGGUUUUACAGUUGUAAAUGUUUUAUGUUUUGAGUUUUGGAAUCUAUUGUCAUGUAAAUAAUUGAGCUAAGCAAGCCCUGAAUUUGAUAGUGUAUAAGGUGCUUUAUUCCUUCCAAUGUCCAUUAAGCAUGGAAUUUACCAUGCAGUUGUGCUAUGUUCUUAUGAACAGAUAUAUCAUUCCUAUUGAGAACCAGCUACCUUGUGGUAGGGAAUAAGAGGUCAGACACAAAUUAAGACAACUCCCAUUAUCAACAGGAACUUUCCCAGUGAGCCAUUCACUCCUGGAGAAUGGUAUAGGAAUUUGGAGAGAUGCAUUAUUUCUUUCUGGCCACAGGAGUUAAAUUUAGUGUACUACAACAUUGAUUUACUGAAGGGCAUUAAUGUUUCCCCCAGGAUUUCUAUUGACUAGUCAGGAGUAACAGGUUCACAGAAAUAAGUUGGUGCUUAGUUGUGUGUUUUUUAGAAUAUAUGCUAAGCUCUACAGGGACAGAAUGUUUAAUAAAUAUUUUAAUAAGAUAUGGGAAAAUAUUUUAAUAAAACAAAGAAAACAUAAUGAUGUAUAGUGCAUCCUGAUGGGAAGGCAUGCAGAUGGGAUCUGUUAGAAGACAGAAGGAAAGACAGCCAUAAAUUCUGGCUUUGGGGAAAACUCAUAUCCCCAUGAAAAGGAAGAACAAUCACAAAUAAAGUGAGAGUAAUGUAAUGGAGCUCUUUUCACUAGAGUAUAAGUAGCUGCCAAUGUGUAAUUCAUCUGUUAAAAAAAAUCUAGAUUAUAACAAACUGCUAGCAAAAUCUGAGGAAAAAUAAAUUCUUCUGAAGAAUCAUAGGAAGAGUAGACAUAUUUUAUUUAUAACCAAUGAUAUUUCCGUAUAUAUUUUCUCUCUUUUAAAAAAUAUUUAUCAUACUCUGUAUAUUAUUUCUUUUUACUGCCUUUAUUCUCUCCUGUAUAUUGGAUUUUGUGAUUAUAUUUGAGUGAAUAGGAGAAAACAAUAUAUAAGACACAGAGAAUUAAGAAAAUGACAUUGCUGGGGAGUGGGGAUAUAUAUUUGUUGAAUAGCAGAACAAGUGUAAAAUUUUAACAACGGAAAGGGUUAAAUUAACUCUUUGACAUCUUUUCUUCACUCAACCUUUUCACAUUGCUGAGUUAAUCUGUUGUAAUUGUAGUAUUGUUUUUGUAAUUUAACAAUAAAUAAGCCUGCCACAUGUAAAAAGAACCAAACUCAUAAUAUUAACAUAAACAUCUUUCGUAUUUUGUUAGUACUUUCAAAUGUUUUCAAUUUGACUUUCCCUCUGAAUAUGUAUGGUGUGCUUCCUGUCUGUUUAAGCAGAACUCACCUUUCCUUCUUGUAACAUAGAACCCUUAGCCUUCUUCUGUUUUGACUUUUCACGCCCUUUAUAGUGUGAAAUGAAAAAUUAGUCACUUCCUCACAUGGAAGGCAGCUUUUCAGAGAACGAAAUAACAGACAUUGCUCGUUUCUCAUGCAUUCUACAUAUCUUGAAAGAAAAGUCUGUGAGAAACCCAUGUGAUUAGAGGGCAACUUAAUGCAAGAUCUGUGGCUGUAUGUUGAGAGCAUUCUCUCUCUGUUAUAUUUAUUUUAUUUGCAUUGCUUACCUAUCUCAAAGAAGUCAAACUGAUAUAUGAGAUUGAGUACUCCCUUUUGAUAUUAUACUGAUGAAUAUUUGUAGGUGUUUCACUAUAAGGAACAGCUAAGGAAUAAUUUUAAUAAAACUGAACCGGAACAAAUCACUCAUUUAAAAAGUAAUUCAGAAGAACAGUGUGGCAUGAUCAGACUUCUAAUUGAAUAGCAUAACAACAGUGUUUGUAAUUAUAGAUUUGCUUGGAUAAAAUGUUCCAGGAACUCAUAGCGAGCUCAAAGCAAUUAAGUGGGAACAUUUUUAAUUUAAAAAAAAUUUCCAAAUAUUUGUGGCUCUGACAGUAAUGAUCAAAAUAUGAAUGACUUUGGAAAAUUUACAUGAAGCUCAAAUGUUAGGAUUGACUUAUGAAAAUAAAUUUUAUUUCUAUUCAAA